CAAAAGUGGUUCACACGGAAAUCCUCCCACCUCCCAUAAUUAAUCACAAGUAACUCCCUUCUGGUCACAAACCUCGGAACGAGUGUUCACUUGUCCUGAAGCCUUACCAUCCGGGACCAGCGCUCGGGAAUAUAGACUACUACCACGCUACCACAUGCCAUCAGUGUUCGUCAAAAAGGGGAUGUAUAGCGAGUAACAAACCCACGCUACACUUAUUUGGAAAAAAGGUGAUUUAGGCAAUGCAAAGAACUUCAAUAAUAGGUUACCAAUCCCCUACUGAUGCUUGAACCCAAUCAGUCGUGUUGGCCACGUUGAAGUUUUUGUGUGGAUGACUAAUAUAAUGCAUGCAGUCAACAUAAAUAUUAGUUUACAAGAAGAGCAAAAACAAUGUAAAUCACUACGUGUAGAAUAAGUUAGUUUCAAGUUUUAACUAGUUACUCAUCUAAUUGAUUCGUUUUCUUUUUAAAUCUUAGAUUUAGAAUAUGGUUAAUUCUUUUGAUGGGUAACCAAACGAAAUAUAUGAAAAGAACCUACAUUUUUCGGUUUUAUUUCAUGAUGACUAACUUGUUAUUACCCAAUCUACUGAAAAAAUAGUUUGUAAGGAAUAACCUAUCAUACAUGCUAUAUAGAGUAUGUAACACUCAAAUCACGCUCCCACCUGACUCUGCUCCCACCCCUCAGCCGGUGCCGUCGUCUGUUUGUUUACACACGGCCGUCCGCCGCGGUGCUCGCCCCUCGCCGCUGAGUCUGAGGACAUAUUUUCCAUCCGCUCGGACAACAGACAACUCUCUUCCGGUUGGAGGUAAACGGCCAGUAUGACACCGCCUUUAGUGUGCGUAGUGAAGUAUCUAAUGUAAAGAAGAACCAAGCGAUACAAAGCGGAACAGGUCAAAAGAAGCAACAGCCGGCCAGUGGACAGCACCACAGGUUCAGCAGGGCAGCAUGAGUGGCAAGGGCGAGCAGGAGUAAACUGCUGCAGGGGGCACAAGGAUCAAUGGUCCUCAUCAACCUGCUUCUGGCAACUCUUGCUGCAUAAGAGGAAAUUUGAGUGUCGAGUGUGGAAAAGGAUUCACCUCAAAGAAUGGCCUCAGAUGUCACACCCUUACACACGUGCAAAGAACUACGAAUGCCAAAAACCUGGAAUAAAGUUCAACAAGAGUGACCUUGAUACACACCCAUACAUGCAGUGGUGUAAAGAAUUAUGAAUAUAGGGAAUGGAAUUUUUUUUUCAGCCAUAAGUAUCUCCUUGAUAGACGCUUCUUAAGAACACAGUGAAAAGAACUAUGAAUGUAAGGAAUAUGGAAACAUGUUUACCCAAAAGACAGACCAUGACAGACACUCUUAGGUACACUUAUGUAAUGAACUAUGUAUGCCAAGAAUGUGGAAAAAAGUUUAGCCAGAAGAGUAGUCUUUCCAGGCACUCGUACACUCAGAAUGUGGAAGAAAGUUUUCCCAGAAGAGUGACCUUGAUACACACUGAUGUAAAGAACUGCGAAUGCAAAGAAUGUGGGAAAAUGUUUAGUCACAAGUAUCACCUUAGUGCACACCCCCUUACACACUCUGGUGUAAAGAACUAUAAAUGGCAAGGAUGCAAAAAAAUGUUUAGCCUGAAGAGUGCCCUUGCUGUACACAUUCUUACACUACUGCAAAGAACUAUGAGUGCCAAGAAUGUGGGAAAAAGUACAAGUUAAAGACAUAUCUUGACAGACACAGUUGUACACACAGUGGUAUAAAAAAUCAUGAGUGUGAAGAGUGUGGUAAAAAAAAUUCAGUUUGAAGGAACUACUUAAACACAUUCACAGAUGGCACUAGCCUUAGAGUUCAAGUGUGAUGUUUGUGGCGAGUUCUUAAACAAAGGGUGAAGUAAAAAAAAAACCAUAGGAGGCACACUGACCUUAGAGUAAGUGUAUCUAUUAGUAUUUCCAUGAGAGCCCAGUAAAUGGAUGAUAUAGAAUUUAAUGUAGCUAUCUUACCCGAGGUUAAUACUUACAUUGUGUUGUAUUUUGAUCUCUGAAUGCAAUCCAGUAACUAAUGGCCACUGGAAAAUUAAAGAAACUUAGAUGUAAAAUGUUUAUGAAUGCAGCCUAGGACAGAGCAUUUUGGCAGAGGGGGGGCAGCUGAGAAUAGAUUGGGUUAGAUUUGUUAAGUUUCAUUUCGUUUAGUUUCAUUUCGUUUAACAUCCGUUUUCACUCUUCCUGAGCAGUUGGACACUUUAUGGCUCUCCUCCAUUCUCUGAAAUUGAACCAUUUUCAGUUUUUGGCAUAAGAUUUUUCAGAUGCAUGCCCUUGCUUACCCAAUCACCUAUUUUAAGUGUUGGCCCUAGCAUAUGCCUGAAUGAAAAAGACAAACCCUACAAGGCAGCAGGGGGCUAGAGGUUUACCACCCACUAUUUCACCCAUUGCUGGGACUGGAUGGCCAUUGACUCUGAUAAACAUGAGUUCAUCUGCCCAUAGAAUGGUCUUGUUUUUAAUCCACCUGGGGGUCCAGCACAACCUCCUCACUGGUCCAAGACAAAACCAGUGGGGUCGCCGGUUUAGUCGCCGACUGCCUGACCAUGCGGCUGGUUGUACUGGAGUACAUGUUACCAGUAGCCGAGCACUACCUACACUUCACGCUGUCCCGUUGUUGUUAGUGGCGCUGGAGUAGGCAAUAGUAAUCUGCAUAUUCCCCUUAACAUUUGUAAUUGCUCUCACUAUGUAGUCCUUAUUAUGUUAAUUCUCAUUUCCCUGUUCUAUUGCUUUUCUCCUGGUUUUCUAUACUUCUGUGUUUGUCUCCUUUUUGUCACCAACCCCAUGCUGAGACUAUUGUAAGGUAACCCCCAUGACCACACCCACCCACCAGUGACUCUCCUCAGUUCACCACCACGAUGGACUCCCUGGAGCAGGUUAACGAGGCCCAGGAGAAGGUGGUGGCAUUCCUGGCCCCCUUGGUGCCUUUGGUUGGGUGCCAUAUGGUGGACUUCCUGACCCUGGGGCACUGGGACACCCUCCUGCCCCCUCAGCUACAGCAAGACCUCCUCAGCCUUCCCUUAGAUACCCUCCACCUCCUCCCCUCUGCUGCCCUACCUCAUGCCCCUGACAAGAGAACACAUGACAGUGACGAGCCCUGGAGUCUCUCAUCCUCCGAUCUUUCUUCCUUCCUGUCUCAGGUGCGCAGACACCUCCCGGCGGCCCUUGGGGUGACGACGCCCGCUGAACAGAUUUUGGGAGAGUACGGGUCGGCUGAGAUCAACGUCCUGGCCAUGAAGGGAAUAAUGUCCCUCAAGAAGACUCACGAGGUGGAUACCAUGGCGCAGGUCAUCGCUCGGCUGGCUAAAGGGCUUGGUGUGGGGUGGCUGGUGGACCUGGGCAGCGGUCGAGGGUACCUGAGCACAUCCCUGGUCCUGCAGUACGGCCAGAGUGUUGUGGCAAUCGACUCCAGCACCGCCAACACCACCUCCGCUCUCGUCCGCAACACCAAGCUGAAGAGGUGGUGGGACAACCUGCGGCGGACUUGGGUGGACCAGGCAGAGGGGCGGGCGGUGAAGAAAGGGAAGAAGGCACGCAGGAGAAAGACUCCCAGCAACCCACAGCAGCAGCAGAGGCAACAACAGGAAGACAGAGAAGACACUCAUCAGGGAGACAGAAAAGAUGAAUUGAAACAGGGAGACAGGGAAGGCAAGAAUCAGGGAGGCAGAACAGAGAACAGCAACCAGGAAGAAAGAGAAGAGAGAAAUCAGGGAACCAGAGAAGAGGACAGGAAGCAGGAAGAAAGAGAUGGCAGGAAACAAGAAGACAGAGAAGAAAAGGACAUGAACCAAGAAGACAGAAAACAAGGAAAUGUAGACCAGAAAUACAGGAAUGAAGACAAAGAACAAGAAAAUGGAAGCCAGAUUAUCAGGAAACAAGAAAAUAUGAACCAAGGAGAGAGAAGACAGGGGAAUACUCAAACCCAGGAAGAGAGACAGGAAGAAAAGGCAAAACAAGAAAAACAGGGAAGUACUCAAAGCCAGGAAGACAGGAAACAGGAAAGAAAACAGGAGGACAAGGGAAAGGAAGACAUGACCCCCCAGAGUAAAAACAGCAGUGAAGGUCAAUCAGCUCACCCCAUUGGCCACUACAUCGGGGUCACCAAGUUCAUCACGGAGGACACUGACUUACUGGAGGUGGUCAGGAGUGCCAUCAGGUCAGAGACUGUCAUGGAAGGAGGCGGAAACAGAGAUGAGAGUGGUGUAGCGAAGAAUGACAGCGGUGUGGGUAUGGAUGACAAAACGCAGCCUUGUGCCUCCUCCGAUACCACCUCCAUUGACGCAAGACACAUCAGCAACACAGCUAAUAAGACAACGGGCAUUUACUCUCCUCAUGUCACCUCCACAACACACACAAACACUAGAAAACAAGUGAAUAUAGAGACCUCAAGAGACCAUGACAUUUUCCCUCUCACCACAACACACACCAACACCACAGUUACGAACACAAACACUACACCACCGCCAGGUACAGGCAACACAACAGACCGCCACAAUACACCCUACACCACCUCCAACACAAAUGGUAAACCACCAUCACCAUUACCGCCAGAUUCGCCGCUGGACCUCACCUCAAUGUUAAUCGUGGAUGAGGCGUCAACUCUCGGUCUGGUUGGGCUUCACACGUGCGGUAACCUUGCCUCCAGCAGCCUCAGGUUAUUCGUAUCCGACCCGAGAGUGGCCUUCCUGUGUAAUGUGGGCUGCUGUUACCACUUGCUGGAGGAGGAAUUCUCACGGAACACUUACAAUCAACAGAAAAUACAAGUAGAUGAUGGAUUAAGUGAGAAAGUGGAGUGUGAGUGUGUAUCAGAAUGCAGGAAUGAGGUUGAAGUUUUAGCAGCAAUUGAACAAGAAAAUUAUGCCUUCAAGCCUUCCACAGAUGAUAUGGAACUAAAGAAGAAAAUAAAUAAAUUAACCCAAAAAGAUGAGUGUGUAUCAAGUUGUGAGAAUAAGGUAGAAGAUUUAGAGGGAAUUAAACAAGUAAAUUAUGCCUUUAAGUCUUCCAAAAGCCACACAGAGCAAGUAGAAAAAACCUUAUUAACUCACAAAGGAAAUAGUGAAGAAAGACGUGUGGAAGAGACAGGAGUUUUUGCAGCAGUUAAGGAAGAAAAUAAAUCCUUGAUGUCUUCCAAAGGUCACAUGGAGCAGGAAGAAAAAACAAUUAGACAAACUCACAAGGAGGAGAAGAGGUUAUCAGGCUAUGAGGAAGAGAUGAAAGUUUUAGAAAUCAAGCAAGAAAAUGGUGCUAUAGAGUCUUCCAUAGGUCACUUAGAAGACGAUAAAUGCAGAACGAAGUCUUUGUCACCAGUAAAUAAAGAGAUAAGUGCUGAGGAACAUGAAGAAACUGAGCGAUCUUCAGCCCUGAUCGAAGAUGAUUGCAGUUUUUCAAAGUCUUCCACGAGCAACACAGAGGAAAGGGAAAGGACCAACAUCACUGGUGCCACGUUACUGACAAGUGAAAAAGAGGAAAAGCGCAGUAAUAAAUCACCACUGCAAACAUCAUCACCAUUAGAAUCUCACUCACCACCCGACACAAGAGAGAGGACACACAAAGGCAACCGUUCAUCACCACCACCAUCACCACCUCUUCAAGACCACACAAAAGAGGAGGACGAUAUUAACUCACCACUACAAAAACCUUCAUCACCAUUAUCACCACCCACCACAAAAACGAAGACAUGCAAAACUAACCCUUCACCACCGCCAUCAUCACCACCUCUUCAAAACCACACAGUACUCACCAAAAACAAUAUUAACUCACCACAGCAACCACCCUCAUCAUCACCAUCAUCACCACACACCACAAAAACAAAGAUAUGCAAGACUAACCCAUCAUCACCCAGGGCACAGGAUGGGGGUGGGGAGGGGGAUAUUGAUCCUCUCCACCCCUCCCUGAUCCCCAACCUCGGUCACGGCUUCCCCCUCAGCAGCUUCCUCAGGUCCAAGAGGUUCGCCCUAGGGAGGAAUAGCCGCAUGUUGUCCUCGCAGGCGGCCGAUCGGCUCACCCAGGGGAACAUUGGUGGUGCGGACUCCCUCUACUGGCGUGCGCUGCUUCAGGUAGUGUUGGUGGACAGGUUGGGGGAUGUGUCGCACCUCUCACAUGUGGGCCGCCUCUCUGCCAAAUGUCACACCUUCCCAGAGUAUGCGCAGGCGGCUCUUGCUAGGCUUGGGGUGUCCUUGGAGGUAACCGAGGAGGAGCUGCAGGAGUAUGACAGGAGCCACAGCAGCAGCAAGGAUCGGCUGGAGAGGUUCUUCCUGCUGCGUGCCUCUCUCGCAGCAGUGGUGGAAGGGGCUGUGUUGCUUGAUCGUCUGGCCUUCCUCUGUGAGCAGGAUAAUGUGUCGGCCUUCCUGGUGCCAAUGUUUGACCCCGUGACCUCCCCCCGCUGCCACGCCCUCAUUGCUGUCAGGAGGAGGGAGAGGAGCACAGCCUCGGACACACUCACACGGGGGAAGGAAUGAGGGAAGUCAAUCAUCACUCACACACUUUGUUACACACACUUAAUUAUACUCAUACACACUUAGUUAUGCACACACACUAUACAUUCAUAUGCACUCUUAUACACUCUCAUACAGUAGACUGCUCUGUUAUACACUUUUAAAGCACUCAUACUUUCUGAUACACUCUCCUAUACACUAAUACACUCUUACACUCCGAUACAUUUAUAUAAUCUUUCUUACACACUCUUCACACUAAUACCAAAGGAUUGAGUGCCAUUUUAAAGGUGUUCGUUACAAUUAUAAUCUUUUUUAACCCUUUGUGUCCUUCAAUGCCUCAAAAACUCCAGAUUUCUCCACCUUACAAUGAGACUCAAAUUAACCUACCUUCUCCUCUUUGUUCUUUUCUUUGUCUUCAUUAAGCAUCCUUAUUUCCCUCAUGGAGUUGGAUGGGCUAUGAGUCUUUCCCAUUCUUGAUGAUCAUAGACUCUCCUCCCUGAUGUUCAUCCUUUCCAUUUCUUCCUCUACACACCAUUUCCAGGUCUUCUUUGGCAUUCCAUCUUCCUGAAAAAAUAGUUCCAAAAAAAAUUAAUCCCUCUAAAAACUGCAUUGAUCGUCACUUUGCUGCAGCAGGAGUGAACUGAACACAACCACGAGUAUGUCCAAAAGUGCUUUAAUAUUCCUUUAGGUCACUCAAGUGGCUGAGGAAUCUAUUAAAUCACUAAAGCAGGCAAUCUCGUAAUGAGCCAACAGACUUUCUGCUGCCUGCUUGUCCAUGUUGCCGUGUUUCCUUCUUUCCCUCUAUCUUACCUCCUUAGUUUCCUCCAUACCACCUCUUCCUCAUGUUCUUCCUUCUACCUCCUCCUCCUCCUCCUCCUCCUUCAUGAGUAGGUCAGUAUGUACAGUGCCAAGGUUUAAUUCCCACCUCCUGGUUUGUUUUUUGUUGUGGAAAUAAAAGUGGAGUGAUAAUUUGA